AGUUGACGUUGUCGUGCCGUCGGAUUCAGUGCGUUUCGAAAAUAAUUGUUCGGCUCAAGACGGAUAUUGGAAACUGAAGCUACUGUCGCAUUUUAAAUUUAAGCUGCGUGCCUUUUCCUGUGUUUGAGUGUGUUUUUGUGUGUCAAGUAUACUAAAUCAGCACCUUUAUAUUGCACCUCUAAACCAUUUCAUUUGGAAAAUCGAAAAUAAAUAUCCCGUGUAGAAAUGUCGCCGCCAGAUGAUAAUUCCUUUGCCACAACCAGUGGCAAUAAAAAGGCAACAUACACCUUAAUAUGUGUCAAAGUGGUAGAGCUGUGUUUGCUUAUAUGCUGCCUGGGCCUGAUUGAUGAGCCGGCCACUAAUUCCCAUUUGAGGGUAUUCAUCACACCUCGCGUAAUGGCAUUGUCCUAUGUAACCUUUGGAGCUUUGACCAUCUAUACGGCCAUUUAUCUGAUCAUGGCACUCUUUGGGGAUUUACCUCCAUGGCGCACAUCCGUUUUGUGGGCCCUCGUGGGAUUCGUUCUUUAUAUCGCUGUAACCGCUCUGCUCUUCCGCGAUUGGGCCACCACAAAGGAUCGUAACUAUUGGCAUCCAAAUAUGCAUCGUCUGGACUUGGUAAUGGCUUCCGCUUCUAUUUCUCUGGUCACUGCCUUAGUCUACCUUCUGGACGUUCUGCUAACCAUUCGCUUUGGCAUCCAUGGCGAUCAGGAUUGACAGGGAGAUAUCUUUACCGUUAUUGCCUAGCGCGUUUGGAAUGUAAUAUUUACAGUGUUCCAGUGUAGUCCAUAACCUUAAUUCCCGUGCCGCUUUCCUCCGUGCAAAAAGUACCACACGAACGAAUUCUGUAUCAUAAAAAUCAAAAAUUACAUCACAAUUUUCAUCAUAAAAAGUACAAAAGAAUCUAAAGAAAUCGAACAUAAAAAAGAAAUCAAGCAAGAUUUGAAGCUUAUAGCCUUGUUUUGUUUUAUUACAAUUUUUUUUUUAGCGAUCUAUAUUUUAAAGUCAUGUGUUUUUUUUUUCUAAUCCUCUUAACAUAAGUUUUACACAAAUAAAAUGUUUAUAAAGAUAAAUGAAUAAAUAAUAAAAAUCAA